GGGCAGCCGAAGCCGGGCUUGUCCGGGCAAGCAGCCGCGGCGGCCGGCAAGGACUCCACGUGUAGGCCGGGGAAACGCGGCAGGGUCUUCAGCACGCUGCCCCGUUGGAAGAUAGCCUCCAGGGCUCCUCUCGCCCCUCGCUGCGAGCUGCCUGGCAUGGUGCUGGGAGAAGCCCCUGAGUCUACUCAGUGUCCACCCCUCUCCGGCCUGAAUUCCAAGGAUGUGGUUCGGAAGAGACACAAGAGGAAAAGCCGGCAGCACCAGCGGUUCAUGGCCCGCAAAGCCUUGCUACGGGAGCAGGAGCAGUUGAGCAUGGCUCCAGGGCCAGGCUCCAGCCCUCUGGCCUCCCCGUCACAGACACCAGCGGACACGGAGGCUUCAGGCAGCAGAAGGCAGCGCCCCAAGGCCAGAUCCGGCCGUGGUGGCCCAUGCAGGAAAAGGCCUGUCCCCAGAGAAGCCCCAAGGCCUGGGCCCAGCAAGUGUGUCGCCAUUGACUGUGAGAUGGUUGGUACAGGCCCCUGUGGGCGGGUGAGUGAGCUGGCCCGCUGCUCUGUGGUGAGUUACAGCGGAGAUGUUCUCUACGACAAGUACGUCCGGCCUGAGAUGCCCAUCGUGGACUAUCGCACCCGCUGGAGCGGCAUUACCCGCCAGCACAUGCGCAAGGCCAUCCCCUUUCAGGUGGCCCAGAAAGAGAUCCUGAAGCUCCUGAAGGGCAAGGUGGUAGUGGGGCAUGCACUCCAUAAUGACUUCCAGGCCCUCAAGUAUGUUCAUCCUCGGAGCCAGACCCAGGAUACCACCUACGUCCCAAACCUGCUCAGCCAGCCCAGCUUCCACACCCGAGCUCGGGUCUCUCUUAAGGACCUGGCCCUGCACCUGCUGCACAAGAAGAUCCAGGUAGGUCAUCAGGGACACUCGUCUGUGGAAGAUGCCAUGACAGCCAUGGAGCUCUACCAGCUGGUGGAGGUGCAGUGGGAAGAAGAAGAGGCCAGUAACGCCAAGGCCCAUCCUGAGGACAGGGGCCCCGACAGCAGCACUGAUGUGGAGCAGUUCAUGGAGGACCAGUACUGGCCUGACGAGCUGACCCAGAGCACCAGUGGAGAAAUGAUGCGGGAGGCCCAGGAAGGGAGGGAGUGAGAGGAAGGAGCAGGCGAUGGCACAUGGGGCAGGGAGCAGCCUGGUAGACAGGGGCAGAGCACUUACCUGUCCACACGCUGGUUCACAGCCCCACCUCCUGCUUCUAAGGGAUGCUAAUGACACUAGGCAGACCUUGUCCUAGUGCCCAGCGGGUACAGGGAAAGUGUUGAAGGACCUUCCAAGGCUGUCACUGGCUCCCUGAGCCAAGACUUCGGGGUCAGUGCUGUGCUGCUCUGGGGUAAAGCGUCUCCCCCGGGAGUGGUGGAUGCAGUCUGUCCUGGAGCUCCGUCUCCCCCUCUGGCAGGGUGAAGUUCAGUUGUUCUUGCCACCUCUGUUCUUCCACAGAUGUGUUCAGGAUCACCGUAACCUAGAGUUAGGUCCUUUAAAGAAGACGUGUCCCUGUCUGCAGUAGGACAAACGUUUUUGUUUUCAGGUGUGUUACUGUUGUUUAUGUUGCAUUUGUUUAACUCUGUGAGGCUGUGUUACUGUGUCUGUCUAAAAAACCUGAUGGUCUGAUAAA